AUGGCCAGCCGUCGCGUUCCCCUCGCCAACCUUCAAAAUGCCACAAAUUCGCCAAUGCGUGCUGCUGCCAUUGGCGGCAAGCGCCAGCGCUCGCACGCCAGCGAGCAACGCGACCUCAGCUACGGCCAGCCGCCUGCAAAAAAGCUCAUGGUCGAGACCGACGAUGCAGACGCCCGUCGCUCUGGGCUCGUCCGCCGCAGCGCUGCUCCACCGACUGCCCUCACCAAGAAACUCGAGGCGGCACGCGAGCACAAGGUCGAGCAGAAGGUUGCGCCCAGGGCCGCUCGACCCAACACGCGCGGCCCCGAGGUGACUGCCAGCAACCUCGAGACCAUCCGCAAUUGGCAACGGCACUAUAGAAAACUCUUCCCGCAGUUCGUCUUCUGGUUCGAGAGUGUUCCCGAGGACAUCAAGUCCAAGAUCUCCCGGCAGGCACAGAUCCUAGGCUCUCGUGAAGCCAAGUUCUUCUCCCGCGAAGUCACCCACGUCAUCACAGCUCGCGCCCUCGGCCCCGAAUUCGAUUCGUCCAGCUCCUCGACCGCUGCUAAGGGCACCGUCAACCCAGCUCAGCUUGAAUCCAAGAAGUCAGUUUUUGACAAUGCCCUCGAGACCCAGAGGACCGGUGGUGGAGACAUACUGCACAAGGCCAAGGACCUGGGAAUGAAGAUAUGGGCGCUCGACAAACUUCAGCGUAUGCUUGAUACCAUGUUCAAUACUGCUACUGGGGAGGACGUUACGCAGUACCGCAAUGUGGUACUUGCACAGCAGCCCACCGCCCGCCGUGACCUGCAGAAGUUGUUGGAGCAAGAGAAGCUUACUCGGCCGACGGACCGCGACUACACCGUUGCAGCGCAGGACAUGAUUCCCCUCCGCGGGUUCUACAUUUACAUCCACGACAUGGAUGAGCUGACCCGCCCCGUUAUGGUCCGCGAAUAUACCAAGGUCCCGAAGAAGGAAGAUGGUAAAUGGCCCCAGUUCCGUGUCUCUGGAAACUACAAGUGCCCCUUUAUCGAGGAUCGCGAAGCCGUUCGUAGGCAACAAAUGGAGGAGCAAGACGCACGACACGCGCGAAGGAUGGCCAACGCUGCUCCACGCACCCGGGCUGUUACUGCCGCGCUGGAUGAGAAACGUGCUUUGGCAGAAAACCCCAACCUCGCAUGUCGCAACACCAUCCCUGCCGUCCCAGGAAAGGAAGACAACACCGAGUCUACCGGUGCGCCGAAGGCUCUCCAAACCACACGAGAUGGUGUUCCCCCCAUGUUCGGCAGUGCUCAGGCUAGUCUUCGCGCCAUGCCACGAUUCAUUGGCGGCGAACCUGUUGCUUCUGGUCUGCACCAAUCGAACAUCACGUCCGCCAUUAAGUCUCAGAUGAUCUCGUCGACCGCUGCAGCGCCAGGUGCCCGUGCUGGGAACAGUAAAGAGGUCAAUCAGUUGAAGCGAAAGGUGUUGGAGAGGAACAGCGGACCAUCUGUGAACAGCGCCAACUCGUCUACUGUAGGCGAUGCUUCGCUACGAGCAGCACUGAACCAGGAGCACUCCCAACCCACACGCGCCGCAAAACGCAAAGCCCAAGAGUCCCUCGAGCAUGUCCGUGAGGACACUGACGAGGAACGCAAACUCCGGAAGGCUGUAGCGAUGCGUCGCAAGAAGCCUGUUGAAAAGGAGCUCAAACCCGGCUACUGCGAGAACUGCCGGGAGAAGUUCAAUGAUUUUGAUGAGCACGUUGUCUCACGCAAGCAUCGCAAGUUUGCAGUAACGACCGAUAACUGGAUGGAGCUUGACCAGCUUCUCGCCCAGCUUAUCCGUGAAUGA